AUGCCUCGCCCUACCGUUGCCGACUUCGUGGACUCCUUCUUUACGCACACCCUAUUCCAGGCUGACGACAUGCUCGCAGCUUCAGUGCUAGAUACUGAUAUUGCUCCGAACGCUGAGAUUGUGAUCAACGGAACUCGCUUUACCAAGGCCGCAUUUAUAACCCUCAUCACGGAACAAUUCCGCACGGCCUUCGUCGCAUCUAUUACUGAGAUCAAAGACCUGAAUAUCGUGUCUACAAAUGAAGCCGGUUCCACGGGUGUGGUUGGGCAAUGGACAGCGUAUGUGACUAGAGGGAAGGAAGAUAGCAAGGAACUCAAGCAGAGCGCCACGACGAUUGUCAAGGUUGAAGAGGUCAAUGGAAAGCGUGCAGUUACUGGGCUUUGGGAGGCACAAACCUCAGAUGAAGUAUGA